AUGGAUAUUUUAUCUGAUCCAUCGCCUGCAGCUCGCACACGUUAUGUUGAUCCCACUGAUACAUUAAUUCUUGAAGAAGAAACACAAAAAAUUGUACUUGCUGGAAAAAUUGAUAUUAAUCAAUUGAUUACGGGUAUUGUUAUGGCGGUACAUGGUUAUGAAAAUGACGAAGGUGUAUUUAUUGUUACAGUUUAUUGUUGUAAAGAUCUUUCAAUACCAAAAACAUUAUCACCUCCAACGGAGGAUAAAUAUAUUUUAUUUGAAACCUCAAUAAUCUUUAAUCAACUUGAAUAUCUUAUUAAUUCAUUGACUCGACCAACAAAUCUUCAAUGUGAACAAAUAAAAUUAAUUUUACGUAAUAUUGUUCGAUUUUUUGUUGCUGGUAAUUCAACUGAAAGUUCAGAUUGA